AAUCAGCUGUUUGCGGGCUGUAACGGUCGGCGAUUUAUGGCGCGCAAACAUAAAUCAAGAGAUAAUAAUCGCUUUCUAAUAAAAUAACCUUAGAUUGAUAUCAAACAUUAUUAUUUAAAGAUAUCCAAUCGUCAUCAAUCGCUAAAAUCAUUUCCACUUCCCUCAAAUCUCAUUUAUAAACAAUUCAUAUUUAUAUUACGUGCGCCAAAUAUGUCUACGCAAGAGCCUCCUCCAAAAAACCAACUUUCGUUUGGGAUGAGGGAGGAGGCAAGGCAAAUGGUGGUGGUGAGAUGUGAAAUCAAGAUGAGCUUGGAGGAGCUUGGAGGAGCGACGGGAACGAUUUUUUGAAACGAGAGGAGGUUAGAGGAGCGACGGGAACAAACCCAGUGUUGAUCUCUUGGUGAUGAUAAUAUCAAUAAAUAGCAUAUAAAUAUAGGACAGUGGAAAGAUGCUGGAGGACCGUCAAGUUCUCAGAGAUGUCUGGGAUGGACGACUGCCCGUGUGCUUCAGGCUUGCUGACAAUGAAGUGCACACAGUAUCUGCUCCAGAUCCAUUCUACAUGCUAAUAGCCAGGAUGACAUAUUUUCCAUUGGUUAUUGACAAGGUCCGACGACAUUUUUCACAAAGUGUCCAUCCAGACCAUGCAAAAAGUGAUGUGUGGCUGGAGUGGGGAGACAUGCCUCUCCAGUGGCACUAUCCGGUUGGUCUGCAAUUUGACUUGCUGGCGACUGAUUCGGUUCUUCCAUGGAACCUGGUCGUCCACUUCACCGAUCGUCCAGAUCAGUGUCCGUUCAUGAAACGGGAAGCCAUGGAGUCGUUCUUCUUUUCAACGGUGAAAGAGGCUGAUCAGCUAAAACACAAGGGGUCUGCCAUCUCAUCGCUCGGCAAACGAGACCACAGCCAACUGUGGACCGGCCUCGCGUUCGAUAAGUUUGACCAGUUCUGGGCGGUGAACCGUCACCUGAUGGAGUGUGAGGGCGAGUCGGCGUUCCGCGCGGUGCCAGUGCGCCUGUACCGCGCCGGCGCGCCGUAUGUGCAGCGGCCCGUGCCUGUCCGCGCCGAGGACGGCCGGCAGAACACGCUGCGUCAGCUGAUUACCCAGCUGGCGCCCGACCUGACCGACGACGCACGAGCGAUCAUUCACGGCAUCGAGCCUCCAAUGGAUACGCCCCUGCAGUGGCUCAGCCAGCACUUUAGCUACGCGGACAACUUCUUGCACAUUGUCGCAUUCCCAUGACGACCCUGUCUCUGCAUACUGCCACGGUUACGUCCGGAUCAUGCCAGUUUUUCCUGGAGCUGUUUAGUGGGUUCUUUUCUGCUAGUGAUGCUUGCCGGUGCUGCUCUGGAACCGAAACACUUUUUGAAUCAGAUAGGCUAAUGGAACAGGGUUGUUUCAUUGGUCACGACCCACGAUUCUAGAGGGUAGGAAUAGUUGGAUCAUGCGGCCCCUGAUUCCGGCUUUUGUGCGUUUGCAAUGUGCGUGAUACUUUAUUUGUUUUAUACUUUAUGAUUGCCUAAGAACGUCGUUCUUAAGUUUAUCCAAGUGUUGUCUUUCGGAAAUAUAAAUGUUAAUCGUUAA